AAAAGCCACGAUUCGCGGAGGGACGGCAGAAACAAGUUAGAAAGCGAGAAAAGAGGUCGGUGAAAAUAAAUCAAUACAAAAUGGAUGUCAAUCUCCGCGAAGGUGAUAUUGAAUGUGAUGAAAACAACAAAUUCUUCGGGAAGCACAGAACCCCAACACCACAGUCAAAGAAAGAAAAAUGCAUCACCGGCCUAAGGAAGAAUCUACUGGUUAUCUUAAUAAUAAUUGGCGCUUCGUUGGGAUUCGUUGUCGGUAUUGGUGCUAACAAGCCAAUACAAUCAAUGAAAGAGCCAGACAGAACGACAACAUUGACUGUUCUUGGUUUUCCAGGAGUUCUUCUUAUCAGAAUGCUCAAACUCCUUAUUCUGCCGCUCAUUGUUUCGAGCCUUAUCGUGGGUUUAGCUGGACUAGACUCGCGUGUUUCGGGCAAAUUGGGCCUGAGAGCAUGCUGUUAUUACUUCUCGACAACCGUAAUUGCUGUUAUUAUUGGUUUAUGUCUUGUUUCUGCCAUCAAACCAGGGGAAGGAGCUGACAAGCCGAAAAACUCGAAACCAAACGACCCUGUCAAGCCACUGGACAGUUUCCUUGAUAUCAUAAGGAAUAUGUUUCCAGAUAAUAUUGUUGGAGCAUGUAUUAUGCAGGGAAAAACUAAAAUCAAAAUGGAAAAGGAGCUUAUUCGUGAGUACAACCAAACGAUCACUGGAAACGAAACUGCCGAAUUUCUUGCAAGUGUUGAAAUCAAGCGUGCCGAGAAUGCGACAACGGGAGAAGUCUGGAACUACACAACUGUGCGAGAGUAUCGAAGUUACAAGGCAGUUGGGGGACAAGAAACGAGUUUCAAACCCAAUUUCUUGGGACUUAUCGUCUUCUCAAUAUCCAUAGGAAUUGUUCUAGGCACGAUGGGCGAAAAGGCCAAACCAUUCGUCGAUUUUGUCGCAAUAUUAAACGAAGUUGUAAUGAAACUUGUUCUCCUUGUAAUGUGGUAUUCACCGAUUGGUAUUUGGAGUUUGGUAUCAGCAAAAUUUGCAGAAAUGGCGAACAUUGAAGGGACGUUUAGGAGCCUUGGUCUUUUCAUCGUCACAGUUGUCUCAGCAAUUGGCAUCCACUCGUUGCUUGUCUUGCCGCUGAUAUACUUCAUUGUUGUAAGGAAAAAUCCAUAUAAAUUCAUGAAAGGAUUAUUGGAAGCUAUGAUCACAGCCUUUGGAACAGAUUCAAGUGCUGCUACACUUCCUGUUACGUUCAGAUGCUUGGAAGAAAAUAAUCAUAUUGAUAAACGUAUUACAAGAUUCGUCCUUCCUGUUGGUGCCACCAUCAACAUGGAUGGAACAGCACUAUACGAAGCCAUCGCCGCAAUGUUCAUUGCCCAGGCUGUUGGCGUAUCACUCUCAACAGGAGAUAUCAUCGCAAUCAGCAUAACCUCUACUCUAGCCUCGGUUGGUGCAGCAGCUGUGCCGCACGCUGGCCUCGUUACAAUGUUGAUCGUCUUAGACACUGUCGGCUUGCCAACGGACUACAUCGGCGUCAUAUAUUCCGUUGAUUGGUUCCUGGACCGAUGUCGAACAAUGGCAAAUGUUAUGGGAGAUUCAAUCGGAGCCGGAAUUGUCCAACAUCUGUCAAGACACGAGCUCGAGAAAUACGAUGACCCUGAAUCGCCAGGAGCUACUAUCCAACUUCAUCCGGUUCCUGAAAUUGAAUCCCGACAGCUGUAAAAUAAACCACCUUGAUACUAUGGAGAUAACAUAUAUAAUUUUCGAUCUGGCGAAGAUUUUCGAGUGGCCGUCUUUUUUCAGAAAUGGAUAUAUUCAAGGUACACAAUUGCUGUUUUCCUGUUCAUACUUCCUUAACGGAAGAACUUCUGUAGAUUUCUUGGAAAUUUAUGAGUUUCCCAGGAAAUUGAGGUUUUUCAAGCUACACGGAUUUCGUCGAUAUUUUUUUUAUCAGUCACAUUAUGCGUUCGUAACGUAGCAAUCAUUUCGAUGUCAUGUUCUUCGAGCUGAGUUCUAGAAACCAUAUUUUGUUAGCGAAAAUAUAAGGUUGUUA